UAUAAAAUAGUAGCGUGGCGCGGUUGUUGUGGUCAAAAAUCUUGAACAAGGUCAAAGGGAUCCUGGAACCUGGACCCGGAGGAGAAUGAUAAACUCAUGUAAUGAGAUGAUCAAACAAGUCGAUGAGGUUGAUGAAACUGUUUCAGCCAAUAGUUCUGCUUCAAGCUUCACAAUGAAAACAAACCGAGAUGUUGAGGCUUUCUUGAGAACAACUACUCCUUUUGCUGACAAUAAACAUGCUGGGGAUACAAACCAAGUUGAAUGUUUGAUAUCAGCGCUACGAGAAACGCUUCUUACACAUCGCUGGAAGGAGGCCAGUGACGUUCUAAGUGUCCUGUCCCAUCAUUCAAUAUGGACAGUCCGUGACUACACGUGGAAGUGUGGUGCAGAGGUUGUCUUCAGUCAUCCAUCAUCUAAGCCUGAAGAUGUUGAAUUAUUCUUUAGGAAGGUUCAAACAUCAAAUUUCUAUCAUUGUAGACAGAAGCAGAUGGAAAAGGUUUUCCACCUCCUUCGGGAAAACAGACUUGAAGAAGCAUAUCAGGAAAUUCAGGAUAAGACUGGAAAAGCUGGCAUGAAAACAAAGUGGGAGGAAAUGUUGGAAAAGGAAUGGAAGAAAGUGAUAAUAGCAUAUACGGGACUUGUAGAAUUUGCACUUUGGACUCAAAAGAACCAAACUGAAAAUGGUGGGAGUAGUACAGAAGUAAACUUGUCUGAUAAACAUGGAGAGCUAGCAACCAACAACCUCAAGUCAAUUUUAGAUAGCCCUGGGAUCUGGGAUGUUUUUAUUACUUGUUAUGUAGAGUUGAGAAAGCAUUAUGAUGACGACGAUGAGUUGCAGUCAGUGCUGGUCAAGUACAACGAAGACAAUCCUGACAAUCCUAAUAGUUACGUGUACCUCUACCAAUACCUACAAUCCAUCGACAGUCCAUUGGAAAAGCAGCUUCCAGUUUUGGAGAAACUUGUUGAGAAAGUCCCCUCCAGUGAGCUUGUAUUGGAUCUCCACCAGUGCUUUCAUCUCAUUGGACGAAAAAGAAAAUCCAAAGCUGCUGAAUAUAAAAGGAGAUGCAUCACCAUCCUGUUUACCAUGCUAGACUAUGUAUGUUGGCAGAGUUCUUUAAAACCCUGGAAGUUAUUUUAUGAAGAUAUAAACAAAGCAAUUACAAGAAAUGACUCAAAUACUUUAGACACAAUUGAAGAUUGCUGGAAAUUAAGAAUAUCAUGGUGGCCUCAGUUUCAUUUUAGACAAGAUCAAGCAAUUGCUAUGGCAGCUGACAAUCCAGAGUUGGCAAAUAUCAAAGCCAUAAUAGCGGGUCUGUUCUUAGGAGAAGAUUAUGCAUAUGUGAAGGUGGUUUGCAAAAGGCUUCCAGAAAUGAAGGAAAACAUCCAAGAAAGGGUGCUGUCUGCUCAAAAAAGACUACAAAUAACGAUGUGAUGAGCAUGUCCUUAAACCCAAUCUGAUUGGUUGAAGUUGUGCUGUGUAGUUUAACCCAAUCUGAAUGGUUAAUGCUUCCUAUGGUCAUAGAAGCUGUUAUCGCAUCGAUGGUGGCUUUGACCCCCAAUCUUGUGGUCAGGUGUUUGAAACUAUCACUGUGCAAGGCACUUUAUCUACAUUUGUCUCUCUGUCUACCUAGGAGUAUAAAUGGGUACCUGGUAGGAUGUUGUGGCAUUGAUUGUUAUAGUUUCGUGGGCUGAGUACACAUGCAAGACUAUUCCCCAGGGAGUAAAGGAGGUUGCACUUAGUGCAGGUUUGCCGCUGUAUGUUUUCCAGUGACAAGGGCGGUAAUAACGCUCAGCGCCUUUUAUCAUUGAUUUGGAAUUGGCGCUAUAUAAACCGUUGGCAUUAUUAUAAUGACAACUUGUGUUUUAGAUUUACAACAAGUGUGAUUUAAUUAGCAUUGCUUUAAGAUUUAUUUAUUUAUUUUUUUGCUCUAAAAAUAAAAAUGUUUUUUAAUUAAUACAUUUGUUCCUAUCAGGGAGAGACAAUAACAAGGUACUGUUGAGCAGAAUUAUGAAUGCUGCCCUCUACUCAGCAAUGUGUGCUGUGUUAGCCUUACUGCCAGGAACAACAGGGUUUAGAGGGACAAAUUGGGAAAUUUUAGCAAUAGUGCUAGGCAAAUGUCCAAACUAUUUCAGGGAACAGGAUAAAUGGGACUUUAUGUGACUGCAUUGGAUAUACAAUAUAAUACGCAUGCUGUAAAUAUAUCUAUCGCUAUUUAUAAUGCGCACAUCAUUGGUGGCUCAAGAAAUUUACCGUUAGAGGGUCGGAACCAACAGACUGACUAUCACCUCAGUCAGGGUCCCGGAAUAAAAAUCCCUGGUGGGAAUUGUGGGUUGUGGUUUUACACUACAAUAUUAGGAAUUAGCAAUCGGAAUAACAUUGUUUGGCUAGGCAAUAUAAUAUUUUUGGUCCGAUGACCUUUUGGCAGCGGUUCCAGGCCACUGACCACAUACAUUGGAUAUUUUGUUGCACAUAUGCCAGUUGUGGCUGAAACCCAUUUAUUACUAUGUCAAACAUGUCUGGUUUGGCACUUUUCCAGUCAGAUGUUAUGAUUAUAGAUUUGGCAACAUUCCAAAUACAGCACUGAAAAACAAAAAAGUUUAAAUAUAUAUACUGUCUGCCAAAAAACAAUUUGAAAAACCGCAAAAAUUCAAUUACUGUACCAGUAAAUCUUCGAAGAAGAAAAAAAAGACCAAAGAAGUUAUUCCAACUUCCAACCAGAAACAGAAUUUUAAAAAUAGUUUUUGCUGAUUUACAAAGAUUUUACUACAAAAUCCAUUAAUAGAUUACCGGCCAGUUUAAGGGUCUAUGUAAAAGAAUACAGGAAAGAUAUUAUUUACAUUUUUUAUCAUUUAAAUAAUUAUCUUAAUAACUUAACUUAUUAUCUUAAUAAAUAUUCAAAAAUUAAGCAAUUCAAAUAUGAAAUUGAAUUUUCAAUUUUUUUUUUAGCUCAUGACAGACACAGUACAUUUUUAACAACACACAUGAAACUAAUAUACUUUCACACUGUCACUAUUUUGCAAAUAGUAACAAGUUGAUUUGUUACCAGGUUUGUGUAGUGCGAGUGCAAAUCCAUAUGAAACAAGCUCUGUCGAGGCCUGUUUUUUUUCUUCCAAGAUGUCCAGAGUUAUUUAGAGAAAAUACCUUCGUACUACCACCAGGCAAAGGAGAACAAACUUGUGUUGCACACUUGGCCUACCCUAGAUAUCUAGGCCUAAUGUGGUAUGUAAGCUGACUGGACUUGGAACUUUCAUUACCUGUUUAGUCUUUCACAUUUCCAAACAUCUCAAAACUUGUUUUUACAUAACAUCGCAUAGAGACUUUUUGUAUUUUGUGCUUAUAACCAUUAACAUUACUGCUAUCCUCCAAGAUUUCAAAUUAUUGUGUGUGUGCAACGAAUAAAAUAUCUCUGGAGAUAAUUUGUUACAAGUUUAAACAUUUUCUGUUAGUGUGAAAAGUGUAGUGUGUGUUGCACCAUAUAAAACAACUAUUAAAAUGGAUCACUGAAUAAACAUUAGUUUAAAAUCACUUUAUUUGCAAUAUGCAUUGUUAUAACCACCUUGCAACAUAUUCUCGUAUUGACAGUGUUCACUAACAAACUGCUCAUUUACUAAUAGUAUAUUAAUCAUUUCAUACACAAUUAUUAUUGUAUGAUUUAUUGACAACUGCACAGACUAUAUAAACAUAUUAAUUAUAUUACAGUACAUUACAUAGUAAAGUCUGUAUAUUACACCGUAAUGUAAACUUUUUGGAAUAAACUUGCCUAGAUUUCAAUAUUUUACAACAAAAUUGUUUCUAUUUACCAUUGAACAUUUGUUUGGAAUAAGCAAGGUUUCAGCUUUCAUAAGAUGCUAUAAUCACCAUUGUUAUCAGCAACUGGAACAUAGUGGUAGUUUGACCAGCAUCUGGAUUGGUGCAGAACCAAGGUGUAUCACCAUUAUGGUAUUUUUACCAGCACCUGUAUUGGUGCAUCACUAUUCUUGAUGGUAAUUUGACAUAUCUGGAUCAGUGGUGUAUUUAAGUCAUGAAAUGGUGAAGUGAGCAGCACUAGCUCGCAAAAUACGGCGAUAGACGUGAUUUUAAUCUACCUGACAUGAUUUUUUUUUUGUUUUAAUGGAAAUUUGACCAGCAAGUGGAUUGGUGUGAAACGAAGCUUUACCACCAUUCUUAAUGGUAUUUCAACCAGUGUCGCGAUCGGAAACCAAGAGUAGUUGAUAACUGCAUGAGAAACUUUGCUGACUGCAAAAAAUGUCCACUGGUAAAUAAUGUUGUUCUAAAUUAAAUUUACACUUGUUUGCAAAUUACAUAUGAAUAUCAAUAAACUAAAGUAUACAUAUCAAAAAGUUUCACAAACCCCGAUUAGUGUGGCAAACAUAAACGUGGUACUGUACUGUAAUUUGAUUCAAAUUUUAAUAUUAUAUGCUACAUCAACAGUACAGUACUAUAGUAUAUAGAGCAAUGCAAUUUAUUUUUAUUUUUUUUAGAGAUGUUUUUAACCUUUGAUAUUGCUAAACAUAUAUUUAUGAGAUGGCUAUUGUAAAAUGUUUUUUUAUUAUUAUAAUUGAUAUGACAAACCUGACAAUAAGAACUACUUUAUUAUUAUACAAUAUAUACAUUUUCUAUGAGGUUUUUUUUUUUACUAAAUAAUUAUGGUGAGGUGUAAUGGUCUAUAAACAGUAAAUAACAGCGAAGAAGCACUUACAGACUAGCUGAGGUUUUCAUCUCAAGAAGUGUACUGUGUAAUAUACGAAAAGCUAUAUUAAUAAAAAGCUCAAUUAGAUAA